AACCACCACUUGUAAUUGUAAACCCCCAAAUUCCCCCAAUUCUCAAAUUGUUCAUAAAAACAAACCCUAAUUCCCCAAAUUCUCACUCCAAAUAGCUUCAAUUCAACUCAUGUUUUAGCUAAUUUCUGUACAUAAUCAACUGCUAAUCAUUAAUCAACUGCUUCCUUUGUUUUAUGGUUUAAGUUCGUACGAGUAGGUUGAGACCGAUCGGACUAGUGUUUGACCAUGGUGACGGCAGAUGGUGAUCACGGUGAGAUCAGUAAGCUUGAGUUUCGGCCACAGCCUAAGGUGGAAGAUGCUGAAAUUGAGCUUCGUAGACAGCUAAAAGAGGCCGGUAGGCUGCUUUCGAAAUCACCGGAUUCGGUUGAAGAGCUUCUGUUUAUACUUGAUCAAUUAUGGAGACUUCUGUUACUCGUUGACCAAUCACCGAAUAACGCAAUGCAAGAUGCACUUAGUUCUCCGACGAAGGCCUUGGUUGCGGGGAGCCUUUUAGAACACCCAAGUAUGGACGUGAAAGUUUCGGUAGCUUCAUGCCUCUGUGAGGUAACAAGAAUUACAGCGCCCGAUGCCCCGUAUACUGACGAAGAAUUGAAGGGUGUUUUCCGGUGUAUUGUUUCUUCUCUAGAAAACCUAUCAGACGAAUCAAGCCGAUUUUACAACAAAAGGGUCUCAAUUAUUGACAGUAUUUCCAAAGUUAGGUCGUGUAUUAUCAUGCUUGAUCUCGAGUGUUUUGAUCUGAUUGUGAAAAUGUUUGAGCACUUUCUGAAUACAGUACGGGACCAUCACCAUGGUAUCGUAUUUUCGUCAAUGGUAAAUAUCAUGGCUCUUGUGUUGGAAGAGAGUGAAGAUAUAUCACUCGAUAUGCUCAAACCGUUGUUAAAAAGUGUUAAAAACAUCGAGGGCGUCUUACCGGUCGCUAGAGAGUUAGGAGAAGAAGUGAUUAAGAAGUCCGCAGAUAAAAUUCGGCCAUACCUUAAUAAAGCAAUGACCGAUUUAAACGAUUCAUUGGCUCAGUACAGUCAAGUUGUAACAUCUGUUUGUGAAGGCACUCCUCAGUUUGCUGAAAAUAACGCCGAAAGUGCUUCGGUGCAUGAAAAGGUUGUCGAUACCGCGCCGGCAGUGGUAUCAUCGGAAGAUGCGGCUCCGGUAACGAGCAACGGAGAUAUGGUCAUUGGGAACGAAGAAAAUGUUGAUGCCCAGCAGUCUAAAAAUCCAGAGGAAGCUGUUGACGUUAACGAUGCGGGAGAUACGAAUGAUACAUCGGCAAAAUCAGCCGAACCUGUUGUUGAAAGCGUUCAUGUUGAGAAUACAGCCGAAAAAAGCGCUGAAAUGGCAAAAUCAGCCGAACCUGUUGUUGAAACCGUUCAUGUUGAGAAUAAAGCCGAAAAAAGCGCUGAAAUUGUGGUUUCUGUUGAAAAGACGUUAGAAAGUGAGGUCACAAAUGCUCCAGCACAAAGUGGCAGCCAACAAGAAGAAUCCCAAACUAAAGUUCAAAUUAAGAAAGGGAUCCGGUCAAAGAAAAAGGGAUUGACUCGAACUGAUCGGCCACUAACAGUUGUUGCGUUGACCACAGUAAAUGAAGUGACGAGUGACCCGGAAAUGAGGUCACCUAAACGCAUCAGAAAAUUAACCGAAAAGGCCGAGGAGAAUAACAAUAAACCUUCGGUUACAACUGGUGAUUCAGGGCCAAAACCGGCUAAAAGGUCACGCAAAAAAGUUGGUGGUGGAGGUUCAGUGGCUAAGAAGCCUAAGGUGUCUGGUGAGGAAGUACCAGAGUCAAAGAAGUCAAAGCCGGAUGAUAACAAAGAGGCAGAGGCAGGGGGUUCAAAGGUUAAACCUGCAAAGCGGUCCCGUAAGAAAGCUAACGAAACUGAUUCAGCUCCUAAACAACCGUCUGGUAAGAAGGUGCAGAAAAGUAAGGUAAUAACGAAGUCUAGUGAAGACAAAGAUGAGGAAACUGAUUCAGACAACACACCGCUUAAGUCAAAACAGUCAAAGAAGUCAAAGCCGGAUGAUAACAAAGAGGCAGAGGCAGGGGAUUCAAAGGUUAAACCUGCAAAGCGGUCGCGUAAGAAAGAUAACGAAACUGAUUCAGCUGCUAAACAACCGUCUGGUAAGAAGGUGCAGAAAAGUCGGGUAAUAAUGAAGCCUAGCGAAGACAAAGAUAUCGAAAACAAAGAUGAGGAAACUGAUUCAGACAACACUCCGCUUAAGCCGUCUGAAAAUAAAGACGAGGAAACUGAAACUGAUUCAGACCGCAAAAUACGUAACGUGUCAGAAAAUAGAGAUGAGGAGGAAACUGAAACGGAUUCGGACAAUAUACCGCUAAAGCUGUCUGCCCAAAGAGUUAGUAAAAGCCGUUCUUCCGUGGUCAAAUCACGGUCAAAGAUCAAAGACGGAAAGAAGCAGGGACGUGGUAAAAACGUUGAAGAGAAGAAUCAGACGAAAUCUUUAUCUGAAGAUGACGAUGGUAUGGAUGUUUCGCUACAGUCGGUGCUAAAAAAGGCUACUAAAGUGAAAGGCAACUUGGAGGGAGCCUUUUCGACGGGUUCAAAACGGAAACGCUCCGUUACUAAAAAGAAAGUAACGGAGACUAUAAAGUAUGAUGAUAGUUUGGUUGGUCAAAAAGUCAAAGUUUGGUGGCCCGAAGAUAAAAUGUAUUAUGAAGGUGUUGUUGAAUCCUUCAAUUCUGCAGAAACCAAGCAUAAGGUUUUGUAUGUGGAUGGUGAUGAAGAAACCUUGAAUCUAAGGAAAGAAAAGUGGGAAUUUAUAAAAGAAUUUUCUACACCAAACAAGGAGGUUGUGGUUGCGGUUGAAGUUCAAAAUACUGAUAUUCUUCCGGACAUGGCCGAGGGUGAAAACAAAGUCAGCGCCAAAGAAGUUGAGUCAAAGACAGACAAAGAGACGAAGAAAGACGACAAAAAAGCAACACCGAAAAAGAUGGUGUAUUCCAGGGGUAAAAAAGGAAGCAAAAGUAAAACUAAAACUAAAACUAAAUCUCUAGGUGAUAAUGUGAAAGAAUCUGGGAGUGGAAAUGCUGCUGAAGAAACCGAAAGUGUAACGGAAAAGUCAACGGAGACUCCGAAGACUGGGUCAAAGACUGAAAAGAAGAAUAGGGAGAUGAGUUAAGUGAAAUGGGUACAUUUUGGUGGUAGUUAGUGUUUUAAGUUGCUUGGUAGAAGCUGUUGUCUUCUGUUUCUAUAGUAGGGGUAAUAGGCAGGUUUAUGUUUCAUGCCUUUUUUUUAUCUGUUUAGAAAAAAACUUGUUGGGUUGCAAUUUAUUGGUGCUUUUUAUAUGUUCUUGUAAAAUGUGGUGUAGCCAAAUCAUUUAGCAGGGCAUUGGUAAUCCA